AUGGCCGACGAGACACCAACUGGGCCGUCCGCGACCUCUUCCAUUCGUGAUAUACAGGAUGAUGCACCGCGCCCGACCCCUUUGCUGAUUCAGUCGGGUAUCAAGCGCAAGGCCACAGAAGACCUCGAGAACGUAGUAGUGGACAAUCUUCCGUCGAUCCCGGACGAGGUUGUUUCGCCAACUAUAAGCCGACGUUCUUUAUCCCUAGCGGAGACAAGUGACGGCAGUAUCGAAAGACGAGAACCCUCCCACCAGCCCAAUCGCAUGCGGUCUCCCAGGACAUCGGCGUCCGAAGUCUUUUCCUGGGCUAAGGGACCAGGAGCGGGACAUAGCGAGGCUGUCUGGACGCCGAUUUCAGAGAAUGGUCGACCCCCUGCGUCCAUCGCUACGAUCUCCGACUAUGAUGAUGAUGCCGACGAAGAUGUGUUCCGCCAUACGGUUGGACGCGAGGCAGAAUCUGCCGACCUCACAGGCCAUAGAACAACAGCAGGACACUAUGUUUCUGCCAUGGAAAUGGUUCACAAAGAGACGAACACCCGUGAGAUGAUUUUCUCUCCCGAUAUAAUCCAUCCCCUUCCAACAUCAUCCACCUUGAAACCCCCAAUUCCUUCUCGCCAUCCUCAAAGGCCAGAUGGCAAACUUCUUCACGACCAUAAGCACAGGCAUACCGGCCCCGAGGAUGCAACCCCAUCUCUGCCAUCCCCGUCAUCUACAGCUCCCCAUCGGCACCAUAGUCGAAAGAAGAGGGAAAGCUGGGAAUCUGUCGCAGCGCAUCUUAGCAACUUCCGCUUUCCUCCUGAUCCUCCAAAACAGCCCUCCGUUGACAGUCGUCGCUUGUCUACUGGACGUGUCAGCACCCUGUCUACUCUGGGGCCAAUCGUUCUGAGCUGUGAUGCCAAAUACACGUUCUCUGGGGGCCAAAGUGAAUAUAAGUUCCAGAACCUUGUGCUGCGAGGAAGCGAAAACGAUCUUGAUACGCCCGGAUAUCUUGAGAAUCCACGUCCUGCACCGGUCGCUCCUCAGCAUCGCUCUGGAGCUCUUCACGCGGUGAAGACCAUCCCUCUGCAAGCUCUGAAUACUCCGGCUGUUGCACAAAGGCUCAUAGUAGAGCUAAAGGUUAUGAGCCUCCUUCGUAACUCGAAGCCGCCUCCUCUUUUCGUGUCAGCUCCUGCCGUGGAAGCGGAGACAUGGUACUGGGCGUCUUGGGAUAAUGGACUCCAUAUUGCAAUGCCUUUUCACCAGCGAACGCUCGAGCACCUUAUCGGAACUUUGACGCAUACCCAGGCCCAAUACAUUGCUGCUGAGAUGACCAUGGCUAUCCAGUACCUUCACGACAACGGCAUUGUUCACAAUGAUACCCGGCCUAGCAACAUCUUCAUCGUCCACACGGGGCAUUGUGUUCUUGGUAACUUCAGUCGUGCAUCUCUCAUUACCGACAGCUUGGAAUGGGACGUCCCGAGCGUCUCAAGGGGAGACCUUGUAUAUCUUGCACCGGAAAUCUUCUUCGCGCUCAAACCUGAAGACGAUAUCCCAAUCCGAUAUACUCAGAUCGUGGAUUGGUGGUCCCUGGGCAUAACCCUUCUAGAAGCAUGCGCUGUUCCGUUGGCAAUGUCGCCUCUCAUGGAAGAGUUUGGACCCAGCCGUCCACGACGUAACGGUAUAAUCCCUCAUUUCACGGAAGCCGAGCAGACUCGCCUCCAGGGCUGCGUUACCAGGUUACUCACACCUGCCCUCAUUGGAUGGCGUGUCCUCUCAGAGGGAAACAUCUCUACGGAUACUGCCCUGAACUACAUUCUGACGCUGCUCCACUUGAAUGGGUUAGAUAGAUGUCAAUAUUCUGAACACGUUCUCAAGGAGCACAUAUUUUUCGAUAGAGGAAAUAUCGAUGGUACGGAACUGUUCCGUCGUCUUCGAGACGACGAACUCCGUCCUUUCGAGAGAAACAAAGUUCACGUAUGGCCGGUGAACGAGGCUGUGAAGGAACAGAAGCCUCUGCGUAGUGACCUCGAACUGCCGUCGGGCUCGUCGGAUGCAGGAAAUCACCCUCUCGAGCCGCCAUCGCUCGCCGCCCUGGGUCAGUUGUUUAGAGAGGCAAAACUAUCUUUGCUAUUUGAUGAUCGGAUCCGCACCGGGGACGAUUGA